AUGCUCUGCGUGCCGCACCCACCCCGGGAAUCACAUCCUUCUCGCUCACCAGCUGUACCCCGCAUCCAGGACGCCAUAGGCGUACAGGGAACCCGACCCGACCGAGAAGCGCUGGCCCUUGGUCCGCUGGCCAUCGGAGUCGACGUAGUAGAGGCCGGGGCCUGCCACGUCCCAGCCAGCCACCAUGGUGCCCUGGCAUUGGAGUGUGGUAGGGACUGUAUCAGUGAGGUGCGGCUCGUGACAGACACAACCGAGCGCUGCAGAGGGCAGCCCGGGAGUUGCAAUGCAAAUCUCUCUACGACUAUCGACAGUCGUCGGGGAGGGGGCCCUGUCUAA